AUGGCGGUGCUCAGAGAGGAGGGUCUGCCCUCGAACAGCGAGCCCGUUCAGGUGAUCGUCAGAGUGAGGCCGGAGCCCGGGGCCAGCGCGGCGCCGGUGGUGGUGGCGCGAGAUGAGCGCAGCGUGGCCUUGCUGCCGCUACCCUUCCCCCCCCCGGACCCUACGGGGAAGGCUAAGCCCGCCGUGGACACGAAGACCUUCACGUUCGACAAGGUUUUCCCGCCGCAGGCGUCGCAGGCGGAGGUGUACGAGGUCGCUCGCCCCCUGGUCCUGUCUGCUGUUGAUGGGUACAACUCCACCAUCUUCGCGUACGGCCACACGGGGUCCGGAAAAACGCACACCAUGAUGGGAACUCCCUCGCAGCCCGGCAUGACCCCGCGCGCGGUCCAGGACAUGUUCGCCUUGAUCCGGCAAAUGGCAGCUCGGGAGCAGGACACCAUGUUCAUCGUUCGCAUGAGCUACGUCGAGCUGUACAACAAUCGGUUCCGCAACCUCUUGGAAGGAGGAGGCGGGGGGGACGGUGGGAGCGGCGGCGACGGCGGGGACGGGGUCGGGUUCGGGAGCAGCAUCGGAAGCGGCCGCGGGUCUUGGCGGGAGGCCGCGGAUGCGGAGGUUUCUUCUCUGAGCUCCUCCUGGCGCUCGACAGCGUCCCCGCCGGGCUCCUCCCGUUCCCUCUGCGGAGGCGCUGCCGCCGCCGCCGCCGGACGAGGGCUGUCUUCCCGCUCCUGCGAGGGAGGCCUGGCCGCGCUGGCCGCCGGUCAGAGGAGAGCCGCCGCCGCGGCUACGGUGGCGGCUGGCAGGAACGCGAAGAUCGAGGUCCGCGAGAGCCCCGAGGCGGGCGUGUUCCUCAGCGGACCGGGCCUCCGACGAGCCGUUACGAGCGGGGAGGAGGCGCUGCGGUUGGUCGCCAGGGGCGACGAGGUUAGGGCCGUGGGGGCCACCGACUGCAACCAGCACUCCUCGCGGAGCCACGCCAUCUUGUCCGAGCGACUGUCGCUUUCGGGCUCUGAAGGGAAACGGUUGUACGAGACUCAGAACAUCAACCUCUGUCUUUCGAGCCUCGGCGACGUGCUGGCGUGCCUGUCGAAGAACGCCACCAUAAUGUCGCGGCGGAACUCCCGGAAUGAUUCGGGGGGGCACGCGGGCGGCGGCAACGGCGACGCGGGGGGUGGGGGUGGAGAGAACGCGGCCCCGGUGCCGUACCGAAACUCGAAGCUCACGCACUUCCUGAAGGAUUCCUUGGGGGGCAACUCGAAGACGCUCAUGGUGACCACGCUAAGGUCUACCGCGGCGUAUCACCGUCAGAGCCUGAUUUCGCUCAUGUACGCUUCUCGCGCGAAGAAGAUCCGCAACCAGAGCUGCGUCAACGUCGACACAGCGGGCCAGUCCAACAUGCACCAGGUGUCGGCGGAAAUCGAGACCCUGAAACACCGGCUCCACCAGCGGUCCCUCGAGCUGAGCCAGCUGAACAGCGCCAACGAGUCCGGCCAAGCGGAAAACGCCUCUCUCCGUGAGAAGCUGGAGGGCUUGAGCUCGACGAACGAACGGGAGAGGGCACAGCUGGAGGGAAAGCUCUCGACGGUCAUUCACUCACAGGCCGGAAAGCUCGCCGUUCAGCACCGAGCCUUUGUCAACCUGCAGGCUAGGCUCCAGCAGCAGCUUGGGGAGUACCAGAAGAAGUGUACCCUGCAGCAGCAGGAGAUCACUCAUCUACGCAGCACGAUAGAGACGAUGGAGCGGGAGACCGGGUCCCGACUGGGAGGCGACGAGGUGGAAGAAAUGCAGCGGGCGAUGAUGGCCUGGCAAGCACAGGCCACGGCAGCGCAGCAGGAGCUACGGCUGGCAGCGAGACAGCUAGAGGGUGUACGCGGGGACGGGCUGAGACAUAGGGCCGAUCGUGACAGGCUGGUCUUGGAGCUAGAAGCGGCUGAGGCACGGGAGAAGGCGCUGCUUGGUUACUGGCGACAGCUCCAGGCCGCUUUGGGCCUCGGCACAACAACUCCGAUGCCGCCAGACCGAGUUGUGGCCGCGGUGAAUCAUCUGCAAGAGGAGAGGGAGAAGGAGGCGAGUGCGAAGGCCAAGCAAGAACAGGCUUCGAGGGCCCGAACUGAUGGGAUCCGAGAGUGCAAAGAUCUAGAGGAACAGGCGGAGGCACUUGCUAGGGAAAAGGAGACCAGGCAAGCGGAGCUUCGAGGACUAGAAGACGACAAGAAGAAGGCGAUGGAAAGGCUCGAGAAGCUGCGGGAGGAUCGGCUCGAGACGGAAGCGACUAUCGCUCGAGAAGAGGCGAGAAUACGUACGACAGUAACACGCCUGACCAAGGUGGAGGAGGCCGUCGGGGAGGCACUCGACGCCGCCGGGCUGAGGACGAAGUUGGACGAGGCUUCCGCGGCAAGAGAGUCGGCCCUGCAAGAAGCGGAGGCCGCGAAACGAGAAUCUGAGGCACUCGUGUCGUCCCGAGACGAGGCAGUACGCGCCAGCGACGCCACGCGCAAGAAGCUCGAGGCCUUCGAGGGUAACCUUGAUCGAGUCUCCCGGGAAACACGAGCGGUUCUCGACGAGAAAGAGGCGGAACUGCGCCGCCUGCAGGGGGCCCUGGGGCGAAAGGACGCGGUCGCGAAGCGUGUCCUGUCGGAGAGAAAAACGGAGCAGCAGGCGCACGCCAAAGGUAUCGAAGAGCUGCGGCAAUCCGUCGCGGCCUCCCGCGCCGAGACCUCUCGCCUUAAGGCCGACCUCGCUAAGACCCGGGCGGGGGCGGCCCGGGGCAAGGAAGACGCCGGAGCGGCUGCUGCUGCGGCGGCGGCGGCGGAGUCGGCGGCGAGGGCGCGCGCUGCCGUGGCUGUCGGCGCUAGGCAGGACGCAGAGAAGGCGAUGUCGGGGCUGAGGGAGCGACUGGGGGAGCGGGAGCGGGAUGCCGCGUCGGCUCAGGAGGACCUCGUGAAGGCUAACCAAGCCGUGAGCAAGCUCGCCCUCGAGCUUGAGAGUUCCCGAGCUUCCGAGGCUCAAGCGCGCCGCAAGGCCUCCGGCUCCAAGGCCGACCUUACCGCCGCGCUUGCCCGGGAAGAGGAGGCCGUGUUCCACCUGCGAGAGGUGGAGGAGACCGCAGCCCGCCGCCGGGGGGAGCUGGAGGGGAGGCUGGCCGCGGCGGAGAAGGCGUGCCGGGAGGGCGCGGGCGCGGCGGUGGCGGCGAGGGAGGAGGAGGUCGCUCGGGGCAGGGCUAAGCUUGCAGAGGUGGUUGCCAGGAGGGAUGAGAAGGUGGGACGGGAUGGGGAGGAGACCGAGCGUCGCGUCAAGCAGCUCGAGCAAGAGCACGAGGAAAGCCUCUCGGCCGAGCGCCGGCAGGCACGGGAGGUCCUCCGACUUGCCGUCGCCGACGCGAAAGCGCGGCACGAUCGCGAAGCCGCCGCCGCCCUGGCCGCUCUCUCCUCCGAAAACAGCCUCGCAUUGGCGAGAGCUAUCGAGGAGAAGGACGCCGAGCGAGCGGAGGCGUUGGCGGAAGCAGCUACGGCGGCGGAGGCUUCGAAGGCGGGGGCGGUGCGCGAUGCGGUGGCGAAGGCGGAGGCGGAGGCUGCGGCGGCGGUGGCGCAGGCGGAGGCCGAGAAGGAAGAGAAGGCCCGGGGAGCGGCCGAAGAUGAGCGACGUCUCGCCCGGCAGUUGGAGGAGCACGCGUCGGAGAUAGCGCGGCUGCAGGAGGAGGCGAGCCUCGCCGCCGUUGCAGCGGCGGGGCGGGAAGCGGCGGCGGGGCGAGAAGCGGCCGCGGCAGCGGAGGCGACGGUGGAGGCGGCGUGGCGGCAGCAGGCCGUCGCCGACGGAGCGAAGCACGAGCGAGCCGUGAGGGAGCUGGAGGAGGACUUUGCCAAGCGGCGCGAGCUUCUCGUGGAAGGCGCGCGCGUCGAGCUAGAGGAGGCGGUGACGGAGGCGAGAGCGGCGGCAGAGGGCGAGGCCCGGCGGAGCGUGCGGGAGGCCGAGGAGCGGGCACGGGAGGACGCGCACAGGGAGGCGAAGGAGGCGGCUGCUCGGAAAGAGCGCGAGAUGAACAAGGCACUCAAGGCCGCCGCGCGACUGACGCUAAAGUCCCAGCGGGACGCCCAAGCCUCGCUCGAGUCGGAGAAGGCUAGGAUGGCGGAGGAACUCGACCAACGCCUCCGGAACGCGCAGGAGACCCACCUCGCCGAGAAGACGGAGGAGCUGCGAGGGCAAGCGGAACGCCUGACAAGGGAGGGGGCCGCGGCAGUGGCCAAGGUCGAGGCUGAGAGUCGGGCCGCCGUUGCCGCCAGCGCUACGGCUGCGGAGGAGCAGGCGGAACUGCUGCGGGGACGGCUCGAAAGAGUUUCCGGGGAAGUGAGGGCCGAGCUCGAGAGGGAGUUCCAGGAGAAGGAACGGCUUGUUCGAGAGGGGAUGCAGCAGCGUCUCGACAGCCAGGCCGCGGAGAUGGAAACCCUGUGGCGGGCAGAGCUGGAGCGCUCGCUAGCCCUCAGGACGGAGGAGCUCGAGGCUUCGCACGAGGCUUCUCUGAAGGAUGCGACGGCUGCGGCAGCCGCAGAAAGAGAAGAAGCGGUCCUGCAAGUUCGCGACGAGCUGGCGCGGUCGGAGGAGGCGUGUCGCUCGGCCAGAGAGUCGGCCGCGGCGAGCGCGCGGCGGGAGCAGCGCCUCCUCGCAGAGGAGCGGAAGGCCGCUUCCGCCGCGGGAGUUGCGGAGGCGGAGGCGGAGGCCGCGGAUCGGCGGCGUCGGCAAGAGGUAGAGGCCGCCGGGGAGGAGCGGCGGGCGGCCGUGGAAGCGGCGCGGAGGGAGGCGGAGUCGCGGGCGAAGCGUGAGCUGCGGGAGGCGACGAGCAGAGCGCGAGAGGAACUCGCCGUGGCGGAGGCUCGCUGGGCGGAAGAGUCCGCAACCCUGAAGCGGCAAAUAGCGGGGCUCGAGGCUCGCGUCGAGUGUGCAACAGCGGCAGCGCGGGACGAGGCCUUGGAGGCACGAGCGGCGGAACGGCGUGCGAUGGAAGCCGAGAAGGCCAAGGCCGUUGAGGCCGCGGAGCGGGACGCCAGGCAGGCGGAGCGCGGCCGGGGCGAGCGCAAGGUGCGGGAGGCUCAGCUUCGGGCGGCGAGGGAGGCGAGAGAAGCGGCGGAGGCUGAGCGGCGGGAGCUCGCGUGGCGUCACGCGGAGGAAAUCGAGAGGGUGGCGAGGGAAGAGCGGGAGGCUAGAGCGGUGGAGGCUGAGCGGGUCGCGGAUGAGACUGAGGAGGCCGUCCGGGUGGCCGUCGAGGCCGAGCGGCAGGAGCUCGAGCGGCGUCACGGGGAGGACGUUAACAGGGUCGCGAGGGAAGAGCGGGAGGCCAGGGCGGCGAGAGAAGCGGCGGGGGCUGAACGGGUCGCGGGGGAGACUCAGGAGGCCGUCCGUGUGGCCGUAGAGGCGGAACGGCGAGAGCUAAUGCGGUGGCAUGGGAAGGAAAUAGAGAAGGUGGCGAGGAAAGAGCGGAAGGCCAGGGCGGUGAGAGAAGCGGCGGAGGCUGAACGGAUCGCGAGGGAGACUCAGGAGGCCGUCCGGGUGGCCGUCGAGGCCGAGCGGCGAGAUCUCGAGCGGCGUCACGGGGAGGAAAUAGAGAGGGUUGCGAGAGAAGAGCGGGGGGCUAGAGUGGCGGAGGCUGAGCGGGUCGCGGGGGAGACUCAGGAGGCCGUCCGUGUGGCCGUCGAGGCCGAGCGGCGAGAUCUCGAGCGGCGUCACGGGGAGGAAAUAGAGAGGGUGGCGAGAGAAGAGCGGGAGGCUAGAGUGGCGGAGGCUGAGCGGGUCGCGAGGGAGACUCAGGAGGCCGUCCGUGUGGCCGUAGCGGCCGAGAGGCGGGAUCUCGAGCGGCGUCACGGGGAGGAAAUAGAGAGGGUGGCAAGGGAAGAGCGGGAGGCCAGGAUGGUGAGAGAAGCGGCGGAGGCUGAGCGGGUCGCGAGGGAGACUGAAGAGGCCGUCCGUGUGGCCGUCGAGGCCGAGCGGCGGGAUCUCGAGCGGCGUCACGCGGAAGACAUCGAGAGGGUGGCGAGGGCGGGGGCGCUGGCGACCAGGGUUGCGACGGAGACGGCGGCAGCGGCGGCGAGGGAGGGCGGCGGUGAUGUUGUCGCCGCGGUCGAGAGACGGGUGGGGGUGGAGGCGGAGAGACGCCGGGCCGCGGAAGCCGCGCUGGAGAAGGCGGCCAAGGAGUGGGGGCUGGAGAGAGCCGAGGCCCUCGCAAGUCAAGACCGAGCCCACCGGGACACCGUUCAGGCUGCCCUUGCUGCGCUGGCCACCGAGAAGGACUCGGCUUUGCAAGCUGCCGUCCGCGACGAGCGACGUCGGGCCGAGGCCGCGGAAGCCAGGGCGUCUGCCUCCGAAACCAGGGCGGCCGAGGCUGAGUCGGCAAGAGCGGCGGCGACCGUAACCGCGGCCGCGGCUGCGGCGGCCGCCGAAGCAGCCGAGAGCCGCUCUCGCUCGGUCCUGUCCACGAACGAGCAAGCUGCCGAGAAGCUCAGGAAAACGGUGGAGGAAGAGGCGGAGUCCGUGCGGCGACAAGCCCGCGAGGACGUUGCCCGCGCGAAGGAAGAGGCGGACAUGUCGGUGGAGGAGGAGCGGUCUCGGGCUCUGAAGGAGCUCGAACGCCUCCGGGGCCACUCCGCGUCCCUCCUGGAGACCCUGCGCGGCACCCAGGCCAACUUGGCCGCGGAGGCUGAUCGCGCGCGUGCGGCCGCCGACGAGGCCGAGGAUCUCCGUCGGAGAUCUUCCCUUCUCUCCGACGAGAACGCCGCCCUGAGAUCGAACUCCGCCAGGGGCGAGGAGCGGCACCGGGAGGAGCUGGCGCAGUGGGAGAGGGCGGCGAGGGCGGCGCAGCUGGUGGAGGUUGCGGUUCGCGAGGAAGCGGCGGAUAAGGUGAGGAGGUUGGAGGCGUUGGACCGCCAGCGUCGGCAGCAAGCGGAGAGCGAGAAUGCGGGCAGCCUGGUGAAGGCCCUCGAGGAGAUGGAGCGGCAGCAGUCGGGGGUCCUGAGCGCCGCCCUGCAGAGGAGCGACGCCGCCCUCGGGGAGGUUGCUCGCGUGAAGGAGGCCAUGUGGAACAAGGCGGAGGAAAACGCCGACGCUCUCAGAGAGGCGUUCGAAGCGGCGGCCGAGCGGGCUGCGGAGGAAGCCGAAAGGAGGACGAAGGAGGCAUUGGCACGGGCAGAGCGCGUCUAUCAAGGCAAGCUGGCCCUAGCUCUGGUGUCUAGGGAUGCAGCGGCCGCGGGCCGCGCUCGUUGCGAGGAGCGUUCCAGGGAACGGUCUCCAGAUCGAUCCCGGGGCCGAUCUCCUGACGAGCGAAGAGGUUCGGACGAGGCGGCAUCCCCCGCGCAGCAGAGGAGCGAUGGUGCAAGGAUCUCGCCGGCGGAACAUGAGGAGGCACUGCGCGCGGCCCUGGACGCGCAACGCGCCGAACACGAACGCCAGCUCGAAGCCGAGCUGGCGGCGAGAGACGCGGAGGCCCUCGAGGCGCUGCGGCUGCUGGACUCUCAACACCGCCGCGGCGACUUUGGUCGCCACACCGCCGUUGAUGCUGUCAGCGGCGGCGGCGGGGGCGGUCACGGCGACUCGGGUUCCACGUCACCGCCAUCGAUAACAGCCUCGGCGUCGGUACCCGCACGAAAUCGACAGCGGGAGGCUUCGACGCAGCCGGCGGCGGGGGCGGCGGGGGCAGUGGUAGCGGCGAUUCGCUCGGCGGCGGCCGCUAGAACCGAAGCCUUGAGGGGGGCCACGGAAGAGAGCCACCGCCUAGAGGAGGCCAUGUCACCGUCGCCAUCUCCGGUCCGCGGGGACCCUGGUCGGUGGUACGUCGCGCCGCCCCCCCGGCCGGUGCCGAAGAAGACCGGGAUGCCGGUCACUGGCGACAGCAACGGCGAUGGCAGCAAUAGCUCCGGCUUAUCGUACGACGGUGGCGGUGGCGGUGGUGGAAGGUAUCUUCACCAGCAACACGGCGGCGAGAUCGCCAGUGCUCCCGGGGAGAGCGGGACCCCAAGAAGCGGGGGCCGCCGCCGCCGCCGCCGCCGAGAAGCCAACGCCGACGGUGGGGGUGGAGGCGACGACCUUGCGGCCGUGCUACGUGUCAGCGCGGAUGCCGGCGGCGGCGGCGGCGGCGGUAGCGGGGGCGAGAUCGGGCACGGAGAGCCGGAGACGGGAGGCGCGGACGACGCCGAUCCGGGUCUGACGGACACGGAGAAGCGGUACAAGAGAGAGCUGGAGGCGUUGCGGGGCCGGGUCUGGGAGCUAGAGGGCAUGGUCGGGGGCCGCCUGGAGGAGCGCGAGAGGGCCUACCGGCGGAAGCUUCGCGCGGCCGUCGCCGAGUGCCGCUCGUCGCGCGUGCGGAAACACGGGCCCCCCUCCAACAACGGGGCUCCCUUCAAUAGCGCCCCCCCCUUCAAACAUGCGGCCCCCGUCUCUGAGACGGCGUCCGAUGUCGGCGCGAGGAGAGGCUGGGAUACCGGCGACCUCAGACCGCAGGGAGGGGGGCGCCGUGACGGUCCCCGUGGGGCGGGGGGGGGCUCUUCGCACCACCGGUCGCCGCCUCAGGAAGGGCAAAGGACGCUUUCGGUGACGAUAAGCUCGAGGCACGGGGCCAAGGGGGGCGGCGGCCGUGUUCGAAGCAACAGCCAUGCUUGAAGAAACUCUAGGUUCGAGUGUAAGAGCUGAAUGUAUGGGAAAACAGUAUCGCCCCGAGUUCGGAGCGAUAACUUCCGCAGUUGAUAGUCGUGUGACCUUGAGAGUUGGCUAGUUUUUAAGGACGCUGCCUGCGCUUGACUAGGCGACUCAAUGAAGUAUACAGAGUACGUGACGAUGUUGUUCUGGUCGCAAUAAGUCUACUGCAAAUUGUUGUACCAAUGUUUUGGUACCAUGCGAGCAGCUCUGAAAUUGAGCAGCUUGUGGAUAACAACCGCCAUAAUGGCUUUUCGUAGUUAGCGCGAUGCCCUUCUAUUGGGCCCGGUUUUCUUGGAGCGGCAUGGACCGUCAGGAAGACUUGCUACCCAAACCAACCCGGAUAGAGUAGACGUGCCAACGAUGUAUGAUACAGUAACGCGCGUGGCAAACUACUCUAGUUCUCACCUGUUUCUUGUUUUUUGCCGAAAAUCUCUUCUCCGCAGUUCGUAAGUCCCCAAGUUUAGCGAAGUUCAUGCCGGCUUUGGUCGUGCACUGGCAUGUGAGACUGGGGGAGAUGUAGAAUAUCUAUGUGCGUUUUUCGAUGUGGCAGCAGCAGGCUGAAACGUCCGAGUUGCGCGUUUCACCGGCUUUUUUGUUGGUGAAAUAGUUUCCAGGUGCAGACCGGCGGGCUGGCCACGUCCACAGGACGGACUGCCGAAAAGUCUAGAAGUUUG